GCGGUCACACUGGAUCUAGUUGUGUGAAAAAUUACGAAAGAAUUUUUGGUGUUCACCUCUUAAGACCGACCGAAAUUUUCGCAAAACGAACAAUGGCACAGAUCUGUGGACGCAUGGCGCUCCGUGCUGCCGCACGCCAGAAUGUUGCCUACACGCCCGUGCGCUUCUGCAAAAUGAUGAACGAUCCUUUGGAGCACGCCACUGGUAUCGAGAAGCGCGAGCUGCUGCUCAAGGCCGCCGGCAACGAUAAUCCCUUCGACAUGAAGGUCUUCAAGCGGGGCGCCGGCACCAAGGAGAACCCCAACCUUAUUCCAUCGGCCUUCGAUGCCCGCAUUGUGGGCUGCAUCUGCGAAGAGGAUCAGACCUACGUGCAAUGGAUGUGGCUGCAGAAGGGCAACCAGAAGCGCUGUGAGUGCGGUCACUGGUUCAAGCUGGUGGAGAAGGCAGCUGUUUAAAGUUAUUAUUAAUUAAUUCAAUAAACCAAUUAAUAACAAAAACACAACAACUACUAAGCUAAAAGUCAACCCACUUAGCUGUCCAAAUAAACAAACAUCAACCCAAAAAAA